AUGACUCCCGUGAUAGAGAGCGGCGAAGACGAGAAGAUCCGGCUGACUCAAGACGAAAGCGAAGAGAUGAUAGUAGAGAUCGAGCAACUAAAGCUAGUGCUGAAGCGAGCAAGGAAUCAUUAUGCUUAUGAAUGCAAGUCUGCUGCGCAGGCAGAAGAAGCAAAGAAGGCCGAACGGCUAGCGAAACUCGAAGCUUGGAAACAAAAGCAGGCAGCGGAAAAAGACCGUAAGCAAAAGGAAGCUGAAGCUACAGGUGGCACACGCAAUUUACUUGCUGAGAUCGACAAGAAGAGCCAAAUUCCACCAGCCGUGGAUUCACCCCAGUCGCCUGCAACUCCGGUAGAAACGAGCGAUCCAAGUUCUCCGGUUCCGUACGCGGGGAAAUUUGAUCCGAAAGCUAUUGCGAAGAAGACAGCUACAACUCCCUCUACCGCUAGCAAACUUGGUGCGGAUAUUGCAUUACCGGGAACUACCAAGACGUCUGCUGGUGUGACCUCCACCAAGCCUAGCUUGACUGCUAACAAUCAUGUAGCCUCAGCGAAAGGCUCUUCAGGUACGACCGUCUUUGAAUGCACUAGUCUAUCUCUAACCCUUGAUCUAGAAGCAAAUCUGCCAUUAAAAGCCCGUGGGAACGUCAGCGGCUUCGGCUUGUCAACAUCAGAACCUGAGAAGGCUGCUGCUAAGCCUGGCAUCGAUCUCAAUGAAGAAGAGGGACAACGUCGUAAACUAGAGAAGCUCCCGACGCCCCCACCUGAAGAUGUGAAGAUAGAUGAGGAUACUGCAAUGGCUAACGGUGAUAAAGACGAAGAUGACGACGAAGACGAUGAUGAAGCUAUGCAAGACGCGAUGACAGAAGAAGAAGCAGCCGCAGCAGCUAGAUUGGCCGCAGAGAAACGCGAAGAACGAUUACAAACCCAAAAUUUAGCUGAAGAGACUCAGAAUGGAGACGUUGUCAUGGCGGAAGCAGAACCUCAACAGCAAGAAGAGGAGGAAGAGGCGGAUCCUCUUGAUGCAUUUAUGUCAGGCCUUGGUGAUCCUAUGAAAACACUUAAAGCUCCCAAACUCAAAUUGUCCAAAGGGAAGACACAAGAGCCAGAAGCCAUAUUCGCCGAUGAUAAUGAUGAUAUGGAGGCUGCUAGACCUGAAGAUGAUUUACUCAACAUCACUAGCAAGAAGAAGAAAAAGGAUAUCCCAACUGUCAAUCAUACCAAACAAAAGUAUGAUUCUUUCAGAAAGAAUUUCUAUCAUGAACCUUUGGAACUGGCUGAGAUGAAUGAGGACGAAAUUUCUAACCUCCGAUUUGAACUUGAUGGUAUCAAGAUUCGGGGCGUUGAUGCACCAAAGCCUGUGCAGAAAUGGUCUCAAUGUGGUCUUGGAGUCCAAUCGCUUGAUGUAGUUCAGAGUCUGGGCUACGAAAGACCCUCAUCGAUCCAAGCGCAGGCCAUACCAUCAGUAAUGUCCGGCCGUGAUGUAAUUGGAGUUGCAAAGACAGGGUCCGGCAAAACCAUUGCAUUCCUCUUGCCAAUGUUUCGGCAUAUCAAAGAUCAGCGCCCACUUGAUGCACUUGAGGGACCUGUCGGUCUAGUCAUGGCACCAACCCGUGAGUUAGCUACUCAAAUUCACAGGGAUUGCAAGCCUUUUCUGAAGGCACUCAAUCUUCGCGCUGUAUGUGCAUACGGAGGAGCUCCAAUCAAGGAUCAAAUCGCAGAUCUCAAAAGAGGUGCAGAGAUCAUCGUUUGCACGCCAGGUCGCAUCAUAGAUUUGCUUUCAGCAAACUCAGGUAGAGUCACGAAUCUGAAGCGUGUGACCUACGUCGUUCUAGACGAGGCUGACAGAAUGUUCGACAUGGGCUUCGAACCUCAGAUCAUGAAGAUCCUGGCCAACAUCAGACCGGAUCGACAGACAGUGCUGUUCUCCGCUACAUUUCCGAGGCAAAUGGAGUCGCUAGCACGUAAGACCUUGGCAAAACCAGUGGAAAUAGUCGUUGGUGGACGAAGUGUAGUGGCUCCCGAGAUCACACAAAUCGUGGAGGUUCGUACUGAAGAGACUAAGUUUCUACGACUGUUAGAGCUGCUAGGCGAACUCUACAACGAUGUGAAGAAUGAGGAUGAUCGAGUCCUCAUCUUUGUUGAUCGCCAGGAGUCGGCUGACGGACUUCUGAAGGACCUGAUGAAUAAAGGCUAUCCAUGUCAAUCUCUGCAUGGUGGUAAGGAUCAGAUCGACCGAGACUCAUGCAUUAAUGAUUUCAAAGAUGGUAUUUUCCCUAUACUUAUUGCCACAUCUGUUGCUGCUCGGGGUUUAGACGUCAGGCAGCUUGUACUAGUGAUAAAUUACGAUGCACCUAAUCAUCUGGAGGACUACGUCCACCGAGCUGGACGUACUGGACGUGCUGGCAAUAAGGGCACGGCAGUGACAUUCAUCACGCCUGAUCAGCAGCGCUAUGCGCCCGACAUCUCGAAAGCCCUUCGUCAAAGUGAUCAAGAAAUCCCCGAGGCAUUACAGGAGCUGAUGAACGCCUUCAUUGAGAAGGUCAAAUCCGGUAAGGAGAAAGUUAGUGGCUCAGGCUUCGGAGGCAAGGGACUUGAACGUCUCGAUCAGGAACGUGACGCCGUACGCGCACGAGAGCGCAAAACUCACAAAGUGGGAGACGAGCCGGAUGAAGACGAGAAAGACGACAAGGAGGACAAGAAAGGCGACGACCUCAUCACAAAAGCCGCUUCAAUGGUCCAGUCGGCCACAGCACCCCCUCCUGCUCAAUUACCCGGUGUUCCGAAAGGCAUCGAUCUCGAUGGAAAAAUCAUCGUUCACAAAUCGGAGGUACCGGCGAAGGGCAGCUCGAAUAACCCAAUCGACAAAGUCAGCGCAGCGGUGGCUAAUAUCCAUGAUCGGCUUAGCAAGAACCGUGAACUCCGUCAAGGCGUGCCAAUUGACAAUAAAGGACCUGAUGCUGGUGCUUUUCAUGCUACGCUGGAGAUCAAUGAUUUCCCUCAAAAAGCGCGCUGGGCUGUUACUAAUCGGACGAACGUGGCGAAAAUACUGGAAGCAACAGGUACUUCUAUCACAACUAAGGGAAGCUUUUACGGGACAGGAAAAGAACCACAGGGUAGUGAGAAUCCGAAGUUGUAUAUUCUGGUGGAGGGAGAUACUGAGCUUGUCGUCACGAACGCUAUGCGAGAGCUUAUGCGGUUGCUGAAAGAGGGUACCAUUGCCGCCGCCGACAGCGAUGCCAGAGCUCCGGCUUCUGGCCGCUACAAAGUGGAGUAG